GUACCUGCCGUUAGCGUUACGAGCCGCUAAGAGGCGUCCCCGAGCUCCGACGUACCCGCUACGUUCAUUCUACGUGCUUACCACGAGUUUGAUUUUUUUAACUUGGGAGAGCUCUUGGAAUUAACUCGUACCAUGGGACAGGGCCAUAAAGGGCAUAGAUUUAAGGUGAGAGGGGCAAAAUUUAAAGGCGCUGUGUGGGGCAGGUUAUUUUACACAGAGGCUGGCGGGUGCUUGGAACAUACUGCCUGGGAAGCAAAUACAAAGUGGCGUUGAAGAGGCUUUUAGAUAGGCACAUGGAUAUGCAAGGAACGGAGGGAUAUGCAUCAUACUGUAUGCAGGCUGAUGAGCAUAGUGUAUCUUGACAUCUUUGUGGACCAAAGUACUGUUCUGUGUAAUAAUGUUUGCUACGAGAUGGUCACUGUGCUUUGUGAAGGGAUUGAGCACCCUCUAGAGGGAUGGUGGGACCCUGCUUUUGAUUCAAUGCUGUACAUUGAAUUUUCUCUGGUACGUAUCCGACCCAUUUCCCUGACAUUGGUUCUCUAGAAGAAACAUCCAUUUUGUCUCCUUGCACUAUAACAGCUCAAUGUCGUUAACGUGUGCAAAAUUGUGUUUUAUUUGCUUAAAAAACUCAUUUGAAUUCCGCAGGCACUGCAGAGACGGUGGAUGAAGGUAACCAUUGCAUAUUGCAACUGUGCUGGCCUGAUGUUUUACUGCCUGUAUAAACCCAUUCUGGUACUGAUGCACAAGUCACAUUUUGUACCCAAUGAAUGCUGAUUAGAUGAUCACAGCCAGGGUGAAUUCAAUAGCAAACCAUGACUCAUCUUCACAAGGUGGGGCUCUAUGAGAUUAAAAGACUUAUAACAUGUGCCAGUAAUGUUGCAUUCUUUUUUAUUUAAAGGAUUUAUUCCUCCACCCAUCCUUGAUUACUGAUUAAAGUCUGUCACUGUGUCUGGCAGAAUGGUCGACUUAAAACAACAUUGUGCCAAAGGCAUCUAAUCCUGUGAUGAAACAAAAUGAUACUGAUGUUUAAAUGUCUCCAGUAUUUAGCUUUCUGCUCACUCUUAUGAUGUUUGUUGACUCCAUACAGAUUAAUCGGAUGAAAACUAUGACACUCUAUUGAAGAUAAUAUCACUUUGGAGAUUGGUAUCUCCUGGAAGGAUUGAAGUAUUUAUUUUUGCAAAUGAAUAAUAGGAAUAAAAUCCACAUUUUCCUUGGGGCACCCUCCAUUUUGGCACAGCAGACAUCAUCAGCACACGAAGCAGUGACUGAAGGAAGGUCUAAGAAGUGGCUUCAGUGCCAGUUUUUAUACGAUGCAGGAUCCCUCACUGAUAAGAUCCACAGAGCUGAAUCCUCUCAGCAAAACCAUGGCGGCCAUUUUACUGCUUUGAAAUCCGGGGAAGAAAUUAUAACAGCAUCUCGGGAAAGUGCAGCUGAGAGUUUCGAUGCAUCUGUGCCAGAACAGAGACUGAGCGGUGAGUGUGAGAGGCUGAAUGAUGAAAACCUCAGGACUGGAGAGAAAGGGAAACCGAGAGAGUUAAGCAACAGAACCCUGCUGCACUCUGAUGGAAGUCUUAAAACAUAUAACGAACGUGCUGGUGAACCCAGCAGUGAACUUUGCAUAGAUGAAGGUUUCAGGGCACCUGCGUCUGACAGAAGUGCACACGACAGAGAAAAUGAGACUGAAUCUAGAGACCCCACUAGUACAACAGUGCAGUGUGGAGAUUUGAAAGAAGAUGAUCAUGAAUUACCACGUGAGGCAUUAAUGGAAUAUCUGCAGAGUAACUUUCCAACCAAAGAACAAGGAUGUUGCUUCAAAGCCACAACAGUGAACCUAAGCUUAUCAACAGACUCUGAAUUCCUCAGCGUGUUGGCAGCCAGUCAAGUUGCCAUCCUCUCACAGAAAUGUUCAGAAAAUCCGGCGAAACUGAAAACUAAAUCUGAGAUGCCAUCUCAGUUAAUUUCAUCCACCUCUAGUUCUAUUAGACCUUGCGAGAGUGAGAUGGUGAGCAGACAAGGUGAGAGUUCAGGAAGUACACCAGAACUCUCCGACUUGUUGAGCAAUCAGCAACUGUCCAGCAAUGAAGCUUUGGGUGGGAGGGGACCAGAAGAAUCAGAGCUGCUCUUCAGUCCCGACAUUGACUGGUCCAAUGGUGAGGUUGAGGUUAAUAUUGAACCAUACAGUGAAGGAAUCCUUUGCUCUCAGGCUGUGAACUCUCCUAAGUGGUCUUUAAAAAAUCCAUUGGAGAUCAUCAAAGAGCCAGAGGAGUUCAAUGAGGAAAUCCAAACAUCAAGUUUACAUCAAGACCCACCAUCGCCCAAGAGAAUGAAGACGGCGGACUACAACAGAACCUCUCAUCUUGGUCACUAUCUACAAUCAGCAAGGUCGCGAUGGCCAUCUCCCCGGCUUGGCUUCAUUCAGACAGAGCAGCUUAAUGGUUGCACUGACAAGAACGGGAAGUACCACAUUUUGGUCACUGUUCUGUUCCGCUGCCUCUUGAAGGAGAUCGACAUCAAGUCGGGAUCACUGACUGGGUGCAGAGUUCCCAUAGCGACCAUCGUGGUAACGGACCAAUCAGGAGUAACCAUGAAAGUGGUGCUAUGGCGAGCUGCUGCAUUCUGGGCACUGGCUACCUUCCCUGGUGAUGUCGUAUUACUAACAGAUGUGACCGUGUACUGGGACCACUGGCAAGGGGAGCAGGUGGUGCAGUCUACCAAGAGGAGCAAACUGGCCAAGCUGGGCCCCUGUUUACAGAUUCAAGCCGCACAAUGGUCCCAGACAGUGAAUCCAAUAGUGCUGAAAGAGCUUGUUACACAUAUAUCCUGUCAGCACCCCCAUCUUCUGACUCUGGGGCCGACAAACCAACAGCGUUCAGACUCUGUGCAAUACGUCAACCUGCCCGACCUGAACCUUGGCCUGGUGGUACAUGCACGACUCAAGGUCAUCCUCGUCACUCUCUUCACAGAGAACACGUACACCUACGGUGGGAAGAAGCAGCAGAAGAUCGUGCUGACGGUGGAACAGGUCAAAGACAAGCCGGGCACACUGACUCUCUGGGGAAGUUGCGUUUCUUGGCACUCUCGGAUUCAAAGGAAAUUGGACCAUGUCUGGGACUUCAGAAUGCUGCUGGUCGGUCAGAAUGCCAUCUGCGGGGACUUAGAGCUGCACACCACACCUUGGUCGUCCUGCGAGUGCCUGUUUGAUGACGAUGAAAGAGCCAUUGAGUUCAGAUCUAAAUACCAACCCAGCGAGACGGCCUGCGUUAAAGUGAUGGCUCUUUCAACACUAUUACUCACCAGGUAUUCAGUGACUGCUGAAGUAAAGACACACCUCAUUGCAAUUCAAUGGAAUACGCACUCUUCACUUCAUCCUUUAUUCACGAUGGAUGGCGUCACAUCAGUGGAGACUGUCUUGGCUUCUCUUUCCCAUCUUACAUACGCUGGCUGUGGAUACUGUGGCUGUGAGCUAGGACUUGAUGACUACGGCAUCUACAAGCAGUGUAUUCCAUGCUUACCGAACAAUGUCCUGCGGACUUAUUACAGGCCUACGGUGCUGACAUUAGCAGAUGGAAAUACCAGUGUCGAUGUUUCUGUCUCAUCCAGACUUAUGGAGAAGAUAUUCCUCAAUAUUCCUCCCUCCUCACUACACAAACCCAUAGGUGUGUUUGGCAAGGUAACGUACGGCCUGGUGAUAGCGGAUCUGUGUCGCUCCUUGCUGGCUUAUCCCGCUGACCGUUAUCUACUGACGGUGCAAAGCCAGCUGCAGCUGGAUGAAAACAGCGUGGCCAUGAAGCAGGAUUUCCAACUGUUGGAUUUCCACCCGGACCUGUAAGCCGUGGCCUGAUCACAAACUUCAAUGGUGAAUUCAUCCUCUCUCCCCUGCAGAAGCCAAGUGGG